GCAAGGCGACGAGUCUCGCCACCACCUCACGCCCCACGCGUCCGCUCUACAGGCUGUUCGCCCUGCAUGGCGGCAUGGCGCAGCGCCUCCUUUACCCCGCGCCGCUCUCCUCGCCCACUUCGCCUGUCCCGGCUACUGCUGCUCACAGACCGUAGCGCCACUGUCACUCAGGGUCCAGGGCAAUAAUGGCCGCAUGGUGGUGCUUCGCGUUGCUCCUGGUGCUGUGUGCGCCGGCGGGGGCUGACGUCUCGAAGGGGAAGUGGGAGCCGCUGAUCCGGAUGCCUGGGGAGAAGGAGCCCGCCACGGCACGCGGCUUUGAGGGCCCCGAGGAGGAGGACGGCGUCGGGACGAGGUGGGCGGUGCUCAUCGCCGGCUCCUCCGGCUACGGGAACUACAGGCAUCAGGCCGAUAUAUGCCAUGCAUACCAGGUAUUGCGGAAGGGCGGACUAAAAGAGGAAAAUAUUGUGGUGUUUAUGUAUGAUGACAUUGCCAACAGUGCACUCAACCCGAGGCCAGGGGUUAUCAUCAACCAUCCACAGGGCGAAGAUGUUUAUGCUGGUGUUCCAAAGGACUACACUGGAGAACAAGUUACUGCUAAAAAUUUGUAUGCCGUUCUCUUGGGCAAUAAAACUGCAGUCACCGGAGGGAGUAAGAAGGUCAUAGAUAGCCAACCGAAGGACCAUAUAUUUAUCUACUACUCAGAUCACGGGGGGCCUGGAGUUCUUGGUAUGCCCAACCUGCCAUAUCUUUAUGCUGGCGAUUUUAUCAAGAUCUUACAACAAAAACAUGCUUCCAAUACCUAUGCAAAAAUGGUUAUAUAUGUGGAAGCUUGUGAAAGUGGCAGUAUUUUUGAGGGUUUGAUGCCUGCAGACCUCAAUAUUUAUGUCACAACAGCGUCUAACGCAGAAGAAAGCAGCUGGGGUACAUAUUGCCCAGGAAUGGAACCAUCACCUCCUUCUGAGUAUAUAACCUGCUUAGGUGAUCUCUACAGUGUUUCAUGGAUGGAAGACAGUGAGAAUCACAAUCUGAAGGAGGAGACAAUCAAGAAGCAGUAUGAAGUGGUAAAGAGGCGCACCUCAGACUUGAACAGCUACAGUGCUGGUUCUCAUGUUAUGGAGUAUGGGGACAAGACCUUCAAGGAUGAGAAGCUUUACCUCUAUCAAGGUUUCAAUCCUGCAAACGCCAACAUCACGAAUAAGCUAUUCUGGCAAGCCCCAAGGGCUGCAAUUAACCAAAGAGAUGCGGAUCUUCUUUUCCUGUGGAGAAGGUAUGAGAUGUUACAUGAGAAGUCUAAGGAGAAGGUGAAGGUGCUGAGGGAGAUCAGUGAGACGGUAAUGCAUAGGAAGCAUCUUGACAACAGCGUGGAUCUUAUUGGACAGCUUCUCUUUGGGUUUGAGAAUGGACCUUCAGUGCUUCAAGCUGUCAGACCUUCUGGCAAGCCACUCGUGGACGACUGGGAUUGUCUGAAGAGAAUGGUGCGGAUCUUUGAAUCCCAUUGUGGUCCGCUCACUCAGUACGGUAUGAAGCACAUGCGAGCAUUUGCAAAUAUAUGUAACAAUGGUAUUCCUGGCAGCACGAUGAAGGAAGGAAGCAUCAGUGCUUGUGGCAGUCGCAACAUCGCAAGAUGGAGCCCCUUGAUCCAAGGGUACAGCGCUUGAUUGAUCGGCCGAGGUGCAUGUUACUCGUGUUUGGCUUAUGUGAAUGUGUGUAUUGGGUAUGUUCAAAACCAGCUUCAGUGUGGAUGUGGUCUUAGACUGUUAGUAUAUGAGGGAAAUAACCUUCAGGCCGCAGAAACUACACACCCAUGUAUCAUGUAUAUUGCUUUACCUGGGUUCUGUAUAGUUGCCUUGUGACCUUUUGUGUUUACCUUA